AUGCCCACAAGUACUGCACCCACGUUCACAAGUACUCGCUCCACGCCCAAGUACUGUACCCACGCCCACAAGUACUCACUCCAUGCCCACAAGUACUUCAUCCACGCCCACAAGUACUUGCUCCACGCCCACAAGGACUCAUUCCAUGCCCACAAGGACUGUACCCACACCUACAAGUACUCGCUCCAUGCCCACAAGUACUCGCUCCACACAAACAAGUACGGUACCCACGCCCACAAGUAUUCACUCCACGCCCACAAGUACUGUACCCACGCCCACAAGUACUCGCUCCACCCCCACAAUUACUCGCUCCACACCCACAAGUACCGUACCCAUGCCCACAAGUACUUGCUCCACACCCACACGUACCGUACCCAUGCCCACAAGUACUCACUCCACACCCACACGUACUGUACCCAUGCCCACAAGUACUCGCUCCACACCCACAAGUACUGUACCCAUGCCCACAAGUACUCACUCCAUGCCCACAAGUACUGUACCCAUGCCCACAAGUACUCACUCCAUGCCCACAAGUACUGUACCCAUGCCCACAAUUACUCACUCCACACCUACAAGUACUGUACCCACACCCACAAUUACUUGUUCCAAGCCCACAAGUAUUCACUCCACACCCACAAGUACCCUCUUCACACCUACAAGUACUGUACCCACACCUACAAGUACUUGCCCCACACCCAGAUAUAUUGUACCCACAUCUACAAGUAUUUGCUCCACACCUACAAGUACUCGUUCCAUGCCCACAAGUACUGUCUCCACACUUACAAGUACUCGCACCAUGUCUACAACUACUCGUCCCACGCCCACAAGUAUUGUACCCACCUACAAUACUCGCUCCACCCCUACAACUACUCAUUCCAUGCCCACAAGUAUUGUACCCACACCUACAAUACUCGCUCCAUGCCAACAACUACUUGUUCCACUCCCACAAGUAUUGUAUCCAUACCUACAAAUAUGCCUUCCAUGCCCACAAGUACUGCCUCCACACCUACAAGUACUCAUUCCACAUCCACUUGCUCCACCCCCAAAAGAUGGGUGACCUGA